AUGGGCAUCUGUGAUGGCAUCUCUUCUUUGUUGAUAGAUGAAGAAGUAUCUAUAAGGAAUACAGAAGGCUCAUUCAUGAAGGUAUUGAAAGCCCGGAAGAAGAGCACCAGUACUGAGUUGACUAUCGAGCCAGAGAAGGCAUCCUCAGACAAAAAUAGCGUCAGUCUAGCCUUUAUCAAUGAGCAGCUAGACUUCAAUGAUGAAAGUGAUGUUAUUAGUGCGCUGAAUUACAUAUUGCCUUAUUUCUCAGAGGGAAAUCUAGAAGAUGUAGAAUCAACAUUAUUACCAUUUAUUAAACUUCUGUUUUCAAAUAGCCUCGCCAAGGCUGAGCAUGUAGGGAAAAAGAUGCUGAGAGUGAAAAAGGUCAUCAAGGGCCCCAAGGGCCUACGGAAAAGGUACUUCAAAGAAUUGCGCCGUCAGAGAAACCAGAAGAAACAGAAUGCCCAGCCAUUUGUGGAGAACGUGGCCAAAGAAAGAAGGCUCACGAGACCAUCUACAAGGGAGCUGGAGCAGCUUCACAUGGCGCAGAGGCCCAAGAAAUUAGUGGGGGACUCCUUCAAUACAGAGCCUUCAUUCAUCAAGGAGCACAAGGCAGCUGUCUCUUCCUUCCUGAAACAAUACUCGUUGGGCAGGCCUUCUGCCUCCACUGCUCCGAAAUCCCUACCUGAGGUGAAAAACAAAUCAAAAGACUUAACCUACACCAUUUUUGUUUUAGAGGAUGCAAAUGCUAGAGUUAAGAAUAUGAAGGCUCCCAGACCAGUCUCACAUUCCGGAAAGAAGUACAUCUUUCAUAAAACUCGCUCACGUGUGGUCCACAGAGAACCCAAGGCCAAACGGAAUCGAAAAUUCAAAAAGAAAAGUCCUCUCAGAAAUAGACUGAUGCUGGCAAAGAGGCCUCCGUUCUCUGCAGUCAGGAGCCUCAUAAAUUCCCCCUCACGGGAGGCUUUUUCAUCUUCAGGAGAAAUGAGUUCUCAGGAAAAUCCUUUUCCGGAAUUAUUUACUCUUUCAGAACCUCUUAGGGAAAACACUACUGUGGAAAACACUACUGAGCAGAAUGUUUUUGAAGAGACUGUGCCAGAACAAACCCUCCCUGAAUUCGGGAACCAUGAGAAUCUUCCCAGGGCACAUUCUGCAGCCACCGGAGACAACUUUAUGCCAACUGUUAAACAAACCAAUGAAACACAAUGGGAAUACCACAACGUGGGCACCGAAUUGCCGCCGACGUCCACAGAGUUCACUGUGUCGAAGCACUCAGCCACAGGGGAUCUAUUUGAAAUUCAGCUAAACCAGCAGCUACGGUCCCUCAUCCCCAAUAAUGAUGUGAGAAGGCUCAUUUCUCAUGUUAUCCGGACUUUGAAAAUGGACUGCUCCGAGACCCAUGUGCAACUGGCCUGUGCCAAACUCAUCUCCAGAACAGGCCUCCUGAUGAAGCUUCUCAGUGAGCAGCAAGAAGUAAAGGUGUCCAAGGCUGAGUGGGAUACGGACCAAUGGAAGACUGAGAACUAUAUCAACGAGAGCACAGAAGUCCAGAGUGAACAGAAAGGGCAGGAGUCCAGUGAGCUCACAAAAGAAGUUCCAGGUUAUGGCUAUAACAACAAACUCAUCUUGGCAAUAUCUGUGACUGUAGUAGUGAUGAUUUUGAUUAUAGUUUUCUGUCUCAUUGAGAUUUAUUCUCAUAGAACAGCAUCAGAGGAAGGUAAAGAAGGAAACUCAAGGGGCUUCUUUCGGUCUCUGCUGCGGAAGAGAUGCUCAUCUGAAAAUGAGAAUCAGGAGGGCUUUUUCUGGAGAAGGCGGCCACUUUGGCUUCGGGACAUGUACAGACCUCUCAAUGCCACACGCAAGAAAAACAUGGCACAGAAGUUACACGACAAGGAUUCUUCUGAUGAGGAUGAGAUUUUCAACAAGGAACCAGGAGAGAAAAGUGAAGCCCCUGCAGAGAAGGCCACAGAUUCGACUGGUGAAGAGCUGGGUGAGGAGAGCGAGACCGCCGCAGAGACCGUCACCGAGUGAGCCCAGCCUGCCUCAGGCUGCCUGCAGAGUUUAUUUUCUGAUAUUGGCUUCUCAGCAUUGCCUGUAAAAUACUUAUUUUUCUCAUAUUAAAAUGUAUAAGUUCAUAA